UAUUUUGUAACAAAAUCAAGAAUUAGCCAUUCCAUUUUCACAGCAAUUUCUUAGAAAUCGGUAGCCAUUUCCCUUCUUUUUUUUUCUUCAAUUUCACAAAUUAUUCAUGUUUUUCUUCAAUUUCCAAGAUAAUUCAACAACCCCAUCUUCAUCAAAUUACAGAAAGACCUCAAAAAUGUGAGAAAGGGUGAGUCUUUCUUCCAUUUCUGAAAAAAAAAUCUCAUUUUUUGACCCCAAAUCAAAUUUAAGAUGAAUUCACCAUAUGGGGUUUUCCCAGAUGAGGUAAUUCUUCAGAUUCUUGCAAGAUUACCUGUUAAAUCAGUUUUUAAGACAAAAGUUGUGUGUAAAGUUUGGUACAAAUUGAUAUCUGAUAAAUACUUCACAAAUAUUUAUAAUGAACUCUCAGUUAAGAAUCCUAUGGUACUUGUUCAGGUUACUGAACCUUCAUCAGAAUCAAGAUCUAGUUUGAUUUGUGUUGAUAAUUUAAAAGGGGUUUCUGAAUUUUCAUUGGAUUUUGUAAAAGAUAGGGUUAAAGUUAGAGCUUCUUGUAAUGGUUUGUUAUGUUUGUCUAGUAUACCUGAUAAGGGUGUUUACUAUGUUUGUAAUCCAUUGACUAGAGAAUAUAAAUUGCUUCCUAGAAGUAGGGAAAGGCCUAUUACAAGGUUUCAUCCAGAUGGUGAAGCUACUCUUGUUGGUUUGGGUUGUGAUUUGAUGAAACAAAAGUAUAAUGUGGUUUUAGCUGGUUAUCAUAGGUCGUUUGGUCAUCGUCCUGAGAGGACGUUUAUAUGUAUGGUUUAUGAUUCAGAGUCGAACAAAUGGAGGAAGUUUGUCUCGUUGCAAGACAAUCAAUUCACACAUAUGAAUAAGAAUCAAGUUGUGUUUAUUAAUGGUGGAUUGCAUUGGUUGACGGAUAGUUGUUCGUGUAUGCUUGUUCUUGAUUUGGGUACUGAUGUUUGGAGGAAAUUCCAGUUGCCCCAUGAAAUUAGUUGUGGAGUUAGCAGUCGGGUUUAUUUGUUGGAAUUGGAUGGGCACUUGUCCGUGAUUCAGAUAUAUGAGGCUUGGAUGGUUAUUUGGGUAAUGGAGGAUUACGAGAAGGAAGAAUGGCGAAUGGUGGACAAAGUGAGCCUUCGAUGCAUUAGAGGGAUGGUACCGGGCAUUUUCCCAAUAAGUCAAAAUGACAACUAUGUUUACCUUGCUACACAUAAGCAGGUUUUGGUAUAUCAGCGAAACAGCCGUGUGUGGAAGGAGAUGUUCUCGGUAAAGGACAGCUCAACCUUGCCUUUAUGGUUCUCAGCACAUGCCUUUAGAAGCACUCUCUUUUCCUGCCAUUGACCCGAGGAUCGUGUACAUCUUUCUAUUCAACCUUUGUACAUAAUGCUAUUGUUAGUCUUAAGUCCUGUCUCUUUUACCAGUGUUCAUCUUGUUCUUUUGUUAUUUUGUGCAUGCUGUGUGGAACCUCAAAGACGGUUUUGGCUGGGAUAUAGUUAGUUAUAUGUUGACUUAUCGUGGAGAAUGACAAAUGGUUGACAAAGUAAGUCUUCAAUGCAUUAGAGGGAUGGUACCGGGCAUUUUCCCAAUAAGUCAAAGUGACAACUUUGUUUACCUUUCUACACAUAAGCAGGUUUUGAUAUAUCAAAGAAACAGCUGAGUAUGGAAGGUGAUGUACUCUGUAAAGGACAAAUCAACCUUGCCUUUAUGGUUCAUAGCACACGCCUUUACAAGCACUCUCUUUUCCUGCCAUUGAUCCGAGGCUCGUGUACAUCUUUCUAUUCAACUGUUGUACAUAAUGCUCUCAUUAGUCUAACUCUUGUUACCUUGAGCAGUCAUUGUCUUAAUAUUCUGCCAUACUGUGAAUGUUGUGUGGAACCUCAAAGGUGGUUUUGGCUGUGACGUAAUCAGUUAUUUGCUGACUCAUUGGGGAGAAAGGCAAAUGGCUGACAAAGUGAAUCUUCGAUGCAUUAAUAGGGAUGGUACUGGGCAUUUUCCCGAUAAGUCAAAAUGACAACUUUGCUUACCUUGCUACACAUAAGCAGGUUUUGAUAUAUCAAUGAAACUGCCGAGUAUGGAAGGCAGUGUACUCUGUGAAGGACAGCUCAACCUUGCAUUUAUGGUUCGUAGCUCACGUCUUUACAAGCACUCUCUUUUCCUGCUAUUGAUCCGAGGCUCACAUACAUCUUUCUAUUCAACUGUUGUACAUAAUGCUAUCAUUAGUCUCAACUUCUGUUACCUUGAGCAUUCAUUGUCUUGAUAAUCUGCCAUGCGUGUAUGCCGUGUGAAACCUCAAAGGUGGUUUUGUCUGGGAUGCAAUCAGUUAUAUGCUGACUUAUUGGGGAGAAAGGCAAAUGGCGGACAAAGUGAGUCUUUGAUGCAUUAGAGAGAUGGUACCGGACAUUUUACCAAUAAGUCAAAAUUGACAACUAUUGUUACCUUGUGCUACACAUAAGCAGGUUUUGAUAUAUCAAAAAAACAGCCGAGUAUGGAAGGUGAUGUACUCUGUGAAGGAAAGGUCAACCUUGCCUAUUUGGUUCGUAGCACACAUCUUUACAAGCACUCUCUUUUCCUGCCAUUGAUCCUAGGCACGUGUACAUCUAUCUACUAUCAUUAGUCUAACUCCUGUCACCUUGAGCAAUCAUUGUCUUGAUAUUCUGCCAUACUGUGUGUGUCGUGUGGAACUCAAAAGUGGUUUUGGCUGGAAUAUAAUCAGUCAUAUGCUGACUUAUUGGGGAGAAAGGCAAAUGGUUAGUCUUCGAUGCAUUAGAGAGAUGGACCGGGGAUUUUCCAAUAAGUCAAAUUGACAGUUAUUGUUACCUUGCUACACAUAAGCAGUUUUUGAUUUUGAUUUAUCAAAGAAACAGCCAAGUAUGGAAGGCGAUGUACUGUGUAAUGGACAGCUUAAUCUUGCCUUCAUGGUUCGUAACACCAUGCCUUUACAAGCAGUCUCUUUUCUUGCCAUUGAUCCGAGGCUCGUGUACAUCUUUCUAUUCAACUGUUGCACAUAAUGCUAUCACUAGUCGAACUCUCAUCUCUUUGAGCAGUCAUUGUAUUGAUCUUUUGUCAUGCUGUGUAUAUAUACUGGAACCUCAGUUCAUCAUAGGUGGUUGGUUUUGACAUGAAUUAGAGCCCGUUUGGAUUGUCUUAUAAGUUA